AUGAUCUGUGGCUGCAAUCAUUUUUACACACGCGUCUUUGGGCCGGUCGUCCGGCCGGCUGUCAAGUGUCAUUCUCACGCCAACGGCCACCGAAGAAGCAGUGUUUCGAUCAGAGUUCCUGUUUCACAGUUUAAUUUAUUCUUCAACAAGAUGCCGCUCCAGCUGACCAAGCCCGCGCCCCAGUUCAAGGCCACCGCCGUGGUCAACGGCGAGUUCAAGGACAUCUCGCUCUCCGACUACAAGGGCAAAUACGUGGUGCUCUUCUUCUACCCGCUAGACUUCACAUUCGUGUGCCCGACCGAGAUCAUCGCGUUCUCCGAGCGCGCGGACGACUUCCGCAAGAUCAACUGCGAGGUGAUCGCCGCCUCGACCGACUCGCAUUUCACGCACCUCGCCUGGAUCAACACGCCCAGGAAGCAAGGUGGCCUGGGCCCGAUGAACAUCCCUUUGCUGAGCGACAAAUCGAUGCGGGUGGCCCGCGACUAUGGAGUCCUGGACGAGGAGAGCGGCGUGCCCUUCCGGGGCCUCUUCAUCGUCGACGAGAAGCAGAACCUGCGUCAGAUCACAGUCAACGACCUGCCAGUGGGACGCUCCGUGGACGAGACGCUCCGCCUGGUGCAGGCGUUCCAGUACACUGACAAGUACGGAGAGGUGUGCCCUGCUAACUGGCAGCCCGGAGCGAAGACCAUCAAGCCGGACACCAAGGCCGCCCAGGAGUACUUCGGGGAUGCCAAC